AUGCCGACGAUGAUGCAGCGUGCACACUCAUCGCCAGGUGUCGACUCGUCUGGUCGGUUCGUUACUCCCUCAUACAUUGCUCCACGACGGCCAACAUCACCACUGCAUAGUGGCCGCCGACGAAGCCCAUUACGAUCCAACCUCGAAGACUCGUAUUCCUCGUGGAGUGGUCUCAACAUCGAACCCAACAUUCCAGAAAACGAAGAGCUUGACCUCUUCGAUAACGACUAUCUCCACUCAUCACCACUGCCCUCGUACUCAAACACGUUUCCACGAUCUAGAAGACGACCCACAAGCCCGUUGCAUCAGAGUGCGAGUGCACCAUCACUACAUGUCCGUGGCAGCAGUCCGAGCCACUCUCGUAGCACCUCUCCGUCAUAUACGAAAUAUGUCACCGAGCCGUAUCCUGGCUAUAGCUCAGCCUCAAGUAUGCCGAGCACGCCUACAUCUUUUCGAUCACGCUCGCCGUCUAUUAGCUCGCUCGAGACGAUUGAGGAUACACCAGAUGCCGAGGAGCAGGCCCUAUUAGACGAAGAAGAAGGCAGAAAGUCAGACGCAGACGAGCCGGUCGAUUUGCGAAGGAGGAGCUCACUGGAGUUACGAGGCUCAAACUUGAGAAGCAACAAGGAGCGGAAGCGAUGGUCAGUGUGUGGAGCGGAGAGAAGAGCAGACUUCUCCCUCGAACCGAUCGAGGAGUGA